AAAACUUCUCAAAAAACCCAUAAUAUCCAGGUUUGAUCUUCAAGAUGUUCAUGCAUUUUUAAUACUUGAAGAUAUAUAUUUGUUUAAAGUCUAGUCUAGAAGUUAUUUCACUUUGAACUUGAACUUUUGAUCUUAUUGUAUAUUGUUACUAUGAGAAACCGAGCUCUAAGUCUGUGGGCCCUACUAAAGUUGCUCGCUUUCAGUUAUGCGGCUUCGAAUGAUAACUUUGCAUUCCCAGUUGACCAGUCUGUUCAUAACUACAGUCGAUCAACCGAAAUCGAAAAGCAUUGCAGCUCUUUUAUAUCUUCAGCUUCUAAGUUAGAAUCUGGUGAUAGUAAUGCUGCAAAGCUUAAGACCGAGCUUUCUUUCUUCAAUGGAGAUUGGGAGCAGAAGGACUCUCAUGGAGCAACUUUAAUGCCCUUUGAUGAUAGUGAUAUGCCUUAUGCUCCAUACAUGAUCCAUCCAUGGAAAGUGGUUAGCUUUGAGGUACAAAAUGUUAGUUCUUGUGAACCCAACCAGCCCAAAAACACUAUUAGCAUCAGCGGGGUUCUGUCUAUUGGCAUAACAAGAAAUAACACACUCAUUUCUGAACCGGGCCUAAACUUUCAUAAAACUCCCGGUAUGUCGGCUCUUAGAGUCGACUUUGAAGGUGUUUAUCUUGAAACAAACGAAAACGGGGGCGAACGUUUACUUUGUUUGUUGGGUGAUUCAACUUUCCCAUUUAAAAAAGUUCCAACAAGAUUCACAGAUGAAUAUAUGGACUUAUAUUUCUCUGCUAGGGACACGUUAUACAAUGAAGAGCCUGUGAUCUUGCCACAUGACCAGAUUUUGCUUAUAGUUAGGUACCCAAAGGUUGUAUCUUUAGUCAAUAAUCAUAUCCAUGGUGAAAUGACAAGUUUGAAAGAAAUGGAAGAUUUUGAGUACUUUGAUAAAGUUCAAAUAACUUCUCACUCGAGUAUCAUCCAUGAGUGCGAUGCUAGUACUUCGGAGGGGCCGGUCUUGGAUUCUUUCGAUCAAAAUCCACUAGAAGAUGCAAUGUUAGAAGAUGGGGUCAACAAGUUUAACAACUCUGAGUUUUGCAGGAUUCUCAAGUAUUUUGAGCAUGAGGAAUAUAGAGUUAUGCCUAAUUUGAAACUUGGUGGCCAAAACGCGUUCCAGGACACAGUUGGCCCGUUUCGUCUCGGUAACGAGAUACUCCUUGUUGAUAGGAACAAUGAGAAUCUAAGGAUUAUCAUGCACAAAAUCAGUUGUGAAGAGGAUAAGGUUUCUGGAGUGUUGAGACUGUAUCCUGCUACUUUCGAACCACAUGUGGCGACACGUAGAACAGGUUUAUCUACGUUGACUUUAUCUGUCAAAGGAACAUGGAACUCCUCAACCGGGCUGCUUUCGAUGACUGGAUGUCUUGGUCCAUCACUGGCGGAGUGCGACUCGGGGGUAUUAUUGUACUUUCCCAAGUAUUUCUCAAGCAAGCAAAGAAGUGUUGUUUCCGGAAGUAUAUUUAGUUUGAAAAAUGCAACAACGGCAUUUUGGCCUGUUUUCUUUGGGCUCGAGAUGCUUUCGCCUGGGUUACAUGAUGGCGGUUGGUACAGUAACGUGUAUCUUUCAUACAACUAUUCGAAAAGCGAUUUAGCCAAUGAAUUUAUAGAAAUAAUUCAAGAACCUAAGUAUAUGACUUAUAUUUGGAAAUCAUUUAUUCAGUAUAUUCAGUAUCCCAACCCUCAAGAUUUACAGAUUGAGACGUUUACAAGCUCGGAGACUUUUGUUAGAGUAGAGGUUCUGUCAGUAGGGCCUUUAUUUAGAACAAAUGAUAGCCAUUUCUAUGAUGGUUAUGACCGUGAUGUCGUUAAUAUGUCUGUAAAUCUAUUCUUGAUCGAAAAGCCGAAUAAAGUCUAUGAAGAAUCCUACCAUCAUGUUUCAAAGUUAUAUCUUGAGGGUGUGUAUGAUCAGCAUACAGGGAAGUUGUAUCUGAUUGGCUGCAGGAAGGUAGACUUUGAUCAUGCAGAUCUCGAAAGAGGUUUAGAUUGUUUGGUUCAAGUCACAAUUGAGUAUUCGUCUUUAAACGCAAGAUGGUUGAUUAAUCCAACUGAAAAGAUCACCAUUAGAAGCCUAAGAAACAUAGAUGAUGUCUACCAAUUCAAGACAAUACGUUUGCAUACCUUGAUGAUUCAUGACAGACGUCAUGACAAAGAUGUAGUUUUGCGUAAAAUCUUUGAAGGGUAUUUCAGGGUUUUUCUUCUUUUGGUGUACAUUGUGCAUAUAUUAAACCAAAUGAGGAAAAUGAAGAAAUCUAAUGAGCUAGUUGCUUACAUAUCUCUUGUUGCGUUAGGCAUGUGGAUCGUCGGGUAUGGAAUCACCUUGAUUUAUAACAAAGAAAUUCUGAUAAGAUCAUUAGUAUCUCAAUAUGAUGCGACUCAACCAUCUGAUCUUCAAAACUACAAACGAUAUCUGAACAAUCUUGAUUAUUUUGCAAGAUUUCUUGUGCUUGUUUCUAUGUUCCUCAUGGCUAGAAUUGCUCAAAUGGUGUUAAAGGCUCGAAAAAUUCUUCAAGAACAAGGCGAGCCAACUCCAAGUGAAAAGAAGCUCCUUUUGGUUUGCUUGCGUGCCUACAUGUGGUAUAUUACCCUUAAGUGCGUUGAGGUUGGAGUCCAGCUUUAUAUAAAGAAAGCUACCUUAACCAAAGAUGAAUAUAUGAGAUUAAUCAUGCAAUUGUUCAGGUAUACGGUUUAUGAUCUUCAAGAUUACUUACUGUAUGUCCAAAUCAUUGCUAGUAUGGUUUGGAAGCCUCGUCUUCCUAAUCCGGGACUUAAAUACUUCGUCAUCGGCCUGUGGGUACCAUCUUUAAUUCAGUUCCCUUAUGAAGUUGUUAGACUUUUCGGUACUUAUCAUGUUAUGAAAAAUGUUGUCUGAAUUUGAGUUGUUGAAUAUUGUUUUUCUCCUUUGUUUUCUACU